GGGAGGGUCUGAGAGUGAGGAGUUUUUGUGUCGCUGCUCUUGUUCCGUGGAUGAACAGUGGCCCCUUGAACGGCUGGGAUUGAACUGCUGACAGGUGGAGCUCACAGUGGGAACCAGUGAGAGCGCCGAGCGGGACACUUGGAAGGACGGUUGCAGGAGCCGGCAGCAUGUGGAGGAUCCAGACGUGGCUGCUUGUCACGGUCCUCUGCGCUGGGAGCCUGGAAGCCUGGUUUUGGAACCCAAAACCAGUUACCACCCCAGAAUUCCCAACGGGGACGACGGCAGUGACAGGUGCCACCGUGACACCCAGUGGCAUGGUGACGAAGAAGGUGGCGGAGGUGGUGGAGGAGGAGGAGGAGGAGGAUGACAACCUGUCCGGGGUUGGGGAAGACAUCAUCAACGUGGCCACGGUAAUCCGUCAGCUUGUCGCGGCGCGGGACGGGACCCCGACCACCACGACUUCUAACGCGGGCCUCACAGAGAAGGUGGCGAGCGUGACCCCGAACAUGACGGGUAAUACAGACGGGCUCAGAGGGGAGAGGGGGGAGGAGGGGUCUGGGGUGGGGGCAGGGGAUGGAUCUGGCUCAGGAUCAGCGUCCACAGAUGAUCUUGAGACAGAUCUAGAGUCGGUCUCGACAGGUGAUAAAGUCCUGCCUCGCAAUUCAACCGGUGAUGUUUUAAAAGUGAACGGAACUCUCGGGGGUGCACUGGAGUCAGAGCCGACCCCCGCCGCUAGUCGCAUCCAAUCGUGUCUCCCCGUUCCCUCCGAUUGGCCCGUUUGCUCGGGCAAACAGCCAAAGUUUUUCACGCUGCCCAACUUCUUCAACCACACGUCUGUGGAAGAGGUGGGGGCGGCGCUGCAGGAGUGGGCGUGGCUGGCGAGGGCGGGGUGUCACCACGGCACAGAGUGGUUCCUCUGCCUUCUGCUGGCCCCCAGGUGCCCUUCGCCCCGCGCCCCCUCGCUCCUGCCCUGCCGCAGCUUCUGCCACGUCCUGCGGGACAGCUGCUGGGCGUCCCUGAAGGACGGGCGUCUCCCGGUGGAGUGUUACCUCCUGCCUGAAAGGGCAGAGGAGCCCUCAUGCGUGUCAGUUAGUAACUGGAAAGAAGAGAGUGGUGUCUCCUUGCUCCAGCUGAUAGGAGACCCUCCACCCAGUGAGAUUGCCCGGGUCUACGGGCCGAGAGGGGAGGCCGCCUAUGCCUUCUCCGCCGCGACGGUGUCGGGCCAGCCGGCUCGGACCCACGUCCCCAACCCAUUCUACCGCCACUUCUCCCUCCUUUUCCACAUCAAGCCCACCACUCCCGCCGCCGCCGUCCUCUUCUCCAUCAUCGACGGGCCCCAGAAGCUCAUGUACGUUGGCGUCAAGCUCAGCGCCGUGAAGGCCGGCCGCCAGAGGGUGCAGUUCUUCUACACCGAGCCCGACUCGGAGGCUUCGUACGAGGCGGCCGCCUUCGACGUCCCCAGCAUGGUGGACACCUGGAGCCGCUUCUCGCUGUCCGUCUUCGAGGAGCAGGUGACCUUCUACCACGGCUGCGACUCGGAGCAGCGGGUGGUGAGGUUUGAGCGUUCCCCGGACCCCAUGGAGUUUGACACCGGGGCGGGGAUCUUCGUGGGUCAUGCGGGAGGAGCCGACACCGACAAAUUCCAGGGGGAGAUCGCCGAGCUGAAAGUAGUCGGAAGCCCUCGGGCUGCUGAGCGCUUGUGUGACGACGAGGACGACUCUGACGUGGCCUCUGGGGACUACGGCAGUGGCGAUGGCGAGAGGAGACAAACGGGACACGGUGCCAGGACCACCACUGCACCCUCCCGUCCGGUACCUCAGCCGCCGCUGAUUUCCUCAAAGGGAACCGGACUGAAGGAAUCAGGUCCCAGUGGUGGUCGAGGUGAGAAAGGAGACAGAGGAGAGAAAGGCUCUACGGGGGACAGAGGCCCCUCAGGGCCGAAGGGAGAUUCGGGGUCCAGCUCUGGCUCUGGUGUCUCCUCUCAGGGUGGAGGAAGAGGAGAGAAGGGGGACAAAGGUUCAAAGGGCAGUUCUGGCUUCGGAUACCCCGGCAAUAAAGGAGAGCGCGGGGCUCAGGGACCAGCCGGCCCCGCUGGUCCUGCCGGCCCUGCGGCUGAGGUGGUCCGACUCGGGGACGGCUCUGUUGUGCAGCAGAUGGCCGGACCCGCCGGACCUCCGGGGCAGCCCGGGUCGGAUGGAGCCUCAGGACCUCCAGGAGCCGACGGGGAGAAUGGGGAUCCAGGAGAGGAUGGAAAAGCUGGUCCUGCUGGGCCACCAGGUUUCCCAGGAAGUCCAGGAACUGCUGGUGCCAAAGGCCAAAAGGGUGACCUUGGAGAGGGUCAGCCAGGACCCAGAGGAUCCCCUGGUCCACCAGGACCCCCUGGACCUGGCACUGGUGAUCGCCCAACGUUUGUUGACAUGGAGGGUUCAGGAUUCCAAGACAGGGCGGCCCGUGGUCCUCCUGGUCGCCCCGGUCUUCCUGGCCCUCCCGGGAUCCCUGGUACUUCAGUAGCACUGGGAUCCAAUGGUCCCGUAGCCUUCGGACCCCCGGGACCACCGGGACAAGAUGGAGUCCCUGGUCUGCCCGGCCCCGCUGGACGUCCUGGUACUCCUGGUCAGCCUGGACUCAGAGGGGAGAAGGGUGAAUGUGAGCGGCUCGGUCAUUCAGGAGGAACUGGUGAAAAGCAAGACAAACAGGACUCCACCUUUUUCACGGGCCUCUUCUCUUACUUUAAUCCAUCCCCUACGGGUUCUACGGGCGAUCCCGGACACAAUGGUGUACCAGGGGAGUCUGGGCUUGCAGGGCUUCCAGGUCCCAUGGGACCAGUUGGACCUGCAGGGCCUCCCGGGCCACCGGGCCCACCUUACCGUGGCGGACUUAUUGGCGGAUACGAGAUGACUGAGGGCUUACCUGGACUCGCAGGCCCACCCGGACCACAGGGUCCAAGUGGUAUUGCAGGUCUACCCGGUAAGCCAGGUCUACCCGGCAGCCACGGAGACAAAGGAGCAGAAGGAGCACGAGGACAACCUGGGAUGCCAGGCAUUGACGGAUUCAAAGGGCAGGCGGGUGAAAAGGGAGAUCGAGGAUGGAAAGGCGAGAUUGGUCUGCCAGGACGCGACGGUGGACAACCCGGACCUCCAGGGCCUCCCGGGCCUCCAGGACAGGUUGUCUCCGGAACAACAAGAGAUUAUAACGACCUAUAUUGGGACGAAGGGUGGCAGGGAGGAGCUGGUACUCCAGGCCGAGCAGGAUUCCCGGGGCCCGUGGGACCAAAAGGAGAUAAAGGAGAUUCAGGUCCUCCAGGAUAUGCACCUCAGGGACAGAAAGGCGAGCCUGGCAUCAUCAUGGGGCCCGAUGGGACCCCAAUGUACCUGGGUGGCCUGGGAGGACAGCCGGGUGAUAGAGGACCCCCUGGCCCUGUUGGACCUGCAGGCCCAUAUGGUUCUGAGGGCCAGAAGGGAGAGAUUGGGCUUCCAGGACGACCGGGGCGGCCUGGGCUGAAUGGCGUCAAAGGCGAAUCAGGCAGUGGAUCUGGAUAUGGACAGCCUGGUUCUCCAGGUGCACCAGGCCCUCCUGGACCUCCCGGACCUCCAGCUCCCAUCGACAGACUUGGAGGACACGUUGAUUACUCCAGACACUACCCAGCUCUUAAAGGAGAGAAAGGAGAUCCUGGAACAGGAGGGGUUCUGCAAAUUCCAGGUCUCGGGUCCAACUACGACAUUUACUCUUUAAAGAAUGAGUUGAAAGGGGACAGGGGCAAUGAUGGCUUCAAAGGAGAGAAAGGAGAACCAGGAGGAGGAUAUUAUGACCCCCGCUAUGGAGCCAGUGGACACGGCAGCCCAGGAGCUCCUGGACCUCCAGGCCCUCAGGGUGACUCCAUCGUUGGCCCACCAGGUCCUGAGGGUCCAGCGGGUCAACCAGGAAGAGGCUACGAUGGGCCGCCUGGACCGCCUGGACCCCCAGGACCUUCUCUAUCUGAAACCCACAGGGGCACACAGACGAUCAAUAUUCCUGGCCCCCCGGGACCACCUGGAGUGCCUGGACUACCUGGUCACACGUCUGGGGUGACGGUGUUGAGGUCUUACGACACCAUGACAGCCACAGCUCGAAGACAACCUGAGGGCUCGCUGGUUUACAUUCUAGACCAAACAGAUCUGUACCUACGGGUCCGCGAUGGAGUUCGACAAGUCCAGCUCGGGGACUAUAUUCCUUUGCCCAGAGAGGAUGGUAAUGAGGUUGCAGCGGUGGAGCCCCCACCCGUCGUCCCCUACUCCCCGGAUCACCACUCCAACACCGACUCCCACAGACACACUGACCGUCACCCACAGCCUGAGGAGCCCCAUGUGACGCACACAGACCCUCGGUACGUGCCGAACCCUGACCCCAGAUACACAACCCGCCCUGACCCGCGGUACCAGCCAGAUCCGCGGUAUCAGCCAGAUCCGCGGUAUCAGCCAGAUCAGCGGUAUCAGCCAGAUCCGCAGUAUCAGCCAGAUCCGCAGUAUCAGCCAGAUCCCCGGUACCCGCAGCCGGCAGAUCCAAGAUAUCCAAGUUACACAGACCGACAAAGCCACCCGGAUGGUAGAUAUUCUGUCAAUACGGCCCAUGAACGCCCUGCGUACCCAGACGGUCGCUACCCCGUCACCCCUCAGCGCAGACCUCAUCCUCCUGUGGUCCAGACCCCAGUCCACCAUCACACUUCAGGUCCAGGGCUCCACCUGAUCGCCCUGAACAGCCCCCAGACCGGCUCCAUGAGGGGGAUCCGCGGAGCAGACUUCAUGUGCUUCACCCAGGCUCAGGCCAUCGGGAUGAAGGGAACCUUCCGGGCCUUCCUGUCCGCCAGGCUCCAGGAUCUCCACAGCAUCGUCCGCAGGGCAGACAGGGACCGCAUGCCAAUCGUGAACCUGAAGGAUGAGGUUCUGUUUGACAACUGGGAUGGAAUCUUCAAUGAUGGCCGCAUGAAGGACAACGUGCCGAUCUACUCCUUCGAUGGCAAGGAUGUCCUCAGCGACAACACAUGGCCAGAGAAGAUGAUGUGGCACGGGUCGACCAGCACCGGUCAGCAGCACGUCGACGGCUUCUGCGAGACGUGGCGAGUGGGCGACCGGGCUUUGAACGGCAUGGCGUCCUCGCUGCAGAGCGGCAACCUGCUCCAGCCGAGCUCCAGCAGCUGCUCCAGCUCCUACGUGGUGCUGUGCAUCGAGAACAGCUCCAUCUCUAAGAGAUAAACACACACAUACACACACACACACACACACAUGCAUAUAUAAACACAAACACACACAACACUGGACAAAGGGAAAUCCCAAAGGGGUCAGCCAGGCUUUUGUCCACACUUUUAUCUACAGUAUGUGGUGCUUUGUAAAUAAUUUUUACUUUGUUCUAAUUAAUAAUUAGUUUUAUGUUUGUUAGCCCUUCUUAAACGGUGCUAUCCAGGAUUAUCCCUAUGUUGAACCAAAGUUGAGCUCAGGAGACACAGUAACUCACCCUGUGGAAGUCUGAACCGUAAAAAGCCGACUCGUGCUCUGGCGUUUGUGACUCGUCGGCUCAUACGCUGAUAUAAAUAUUAAAAUUCCUAAGCUCGGUGCUGACAAUGCUUCGUCCAAAACCACUCUUCUUUUUGGGAAACAACGUCCUGGUUACUCUUGAUAAUGAACAGAACACACGCACUGAUAAAUGUUGUCUUUAUAAGGACCAUUACUUUGGUAGAAAGUAGCUCCUGAACUAAUGACAGCGUGAAGCACAUUCUGGAUUCCCCCAGUUUGGGUCUCUUAUGUAUGACUUUUAAAAAUAUUAGUCAAAGAGCUAAGCAUUAGAUUUUCUAUAGAUAUAAUAAUAAUAAUAAUUAACAAAGACUACAAUAGACAGAAUCUCUACUUAGUUUGACACCUGUAAAUAGUUCAUAAAUUACAAUAAUUUCUGAUUUAAUAGAUUUAAAAAACAAGGUUAUUUGGGCAAUCCAAUUUCCUCUCUGCGUUUUUCUUAAAAACCUUUUAUAAGUUGUGACUGUGACAUGAUGCAAAUACAUGGGGGGAGUUAUAUCUCAGAGAGGGACACACCACUGUGAUGACUUGUAGAAAUGAUGUCUUAACUACUAUAAACGAACUGUGGAUAAAGAAAUACAAAUGGACUCUUCAUGUUUCCUUGUUGUUCCUGCAGUGAUAUGAUCUUUUACAGCUAAAUACACCAAAUAACAUUUAAACAAGGCUUCCUGUGUCUUAAAUACCCCAAUUACUGUUAUAUACUGUUUCCCACACAUUUCCCAGUGCUGCUGUCAAUCUCCUUUUUUACAAACUGUGCCUUUUCUUUCUAUCUCAGCUAUAACGUGUGAUGUGAACGCUUUCCCCGAGAAUAACGACAUUUCCAAAUAUAUCCAGCACAAUUCAAAUAUGUGUGUCCUAAUCCUGAGAUUACAGGAUCCCGCUGAUAUAAAAUUUGUAUGCACACAAAAAAAUAAAAAAUGCCUGUACAGAUAUGUGGAAAGGAUUCAGCCAUAAAUGUUUUGUGCGCUUGUUGCCUCUCGUUGUUUUGCUUAAGGCACUGCAGUGGGCGUAGGGGAGUCUCUGUUCUGGAGACUUGAAUGAAAUCUCAUGUACUAACAGAUCCAUGACAAACUCAGUGUAUCAACUCCUGCAGGUUCACUCUUUCGUCGUUUUAUUACAUGAGUGACGUUUUCUGAAAUGCUGCAACUUGGCAAUAAAUAAAUCUGUGUGGAAA